AUGCCGUAUUACUGUAGAGUCAGUUCAACUCUUAAAGAUGGGGUCAUUAGACUAUUGAACACAUUAUGUUCUGCAGGGUUAUUAGCGAUUCCAUACAUUUAUAGACCUUUUGGUUUAGUAACAGGAGUAACCGUUACUUUUUUCAUCUCCUUAUUAGCAUUAAUAGGGUUAUUAAUACAAGCACAAGUUAUACGUUAUGUACCACUACGAUAUGCUUCAUUUUUCUCUCUAGCACAGAUUACAAGUCCAAAAUUAGGUGUAAUAUUUGAUUUUGCAAUUGCAUCGCGUUGCUUUUGUAAUUGUCUCAUCCACCUUAUAGUAAUACGAGAUUUAUUACCUGGAGUAUUCACGUCUAAUAAUGAAUCUACGAAUAGUUUGCUUUUAAAUCCUCAUGUACAACUAGCUUUAAUUACAUUAUUUGUGAUCACCCCAUUUUGUUUCUCUAAGAAUGUCUGUAUCACAAAGCAUUUAACUAGACUUACAAUAGCAGUAUUAACAUAUUUUGCGUUUGUAAUAGUAUUACUACCCUGGGUAAAAAGUGAUUCCUUAAGGGAUUAUGCAGGUGACAUCUCUAUUGGGAUUCCACAACAUAGCGAUGAUACUGGUAUGAUGAAAGCAAUUUCUUUAUUGAUAUUUGUCUUUAAUAGUCAUCAUCACAUGUUUGCCAUGAUAAAUGAGCAAGAAGAAAUAAGUUUUAAGGAAAUGAAAAAUAUUGCUAUAAUAGUAAAUAGUAUUCAAAUUUUUAUUACAUUGUUAAUUGGAAUUUUAGGAUAUUUAACAUUUGGUGACAAUGUUUCAGAAAACAUUUUAUGUUUGUAUCCACCAAUUUGUUCAAUAUCCAUUUUAAAAAUUUUUUAUAUUAUCUUAAUGAUAGUAUGUUUCCCAUUUCAAUGUUAUCCAUUAAGAGCCUCAUUAAAUCGUAUUUUGAAUUGCAUUCAAAAUUGGUUCGAUAAUAGAACUGUUGAAGAUACCUUUAAUGAACAAACAAGAAAUAGUGAUGCAUCUGCUAACGCUUUAGUUUAUGACCAAACAACUCCGUUACUUACAUGUGAAGGACAUACAAUCCCAAUUGAAGAAUUGGUUGAAGAAGGUUCCAAUAAACAACUAGUUAUUAUGCCAAUGACGGAACGUAAUUUUAAACUCUACACCGGUGCAAUACUUAUCUGUGCAUAUCUCAUUUCAAUAACCAAAAUUAAAAUGAUGAGUAUAUUGGUAUUUAUUGGUUCAACUAGCUCAACGGUAACAGCAUACAUAUUACCAGGGAUAUUUGCAUACCAAUUAAUUGGAAUUGAGUAUGAGUCCUUUUGCACAAAACGGCCAUUCAUGACUACAUUUUUCAAAUACUCUGGACUAUUCCUAGCUAUUUUUGGGAUUUCAAUGAUAAUGCUGUAUACAGUAUUCCUUCUACCACAAGAAUUAUUUUAA